CCCAAGCAAGAUGGCGGUGUCGGUGCAGAGCGGCGGGAUGCGGUCGGGUCUGUCCACGCUUUUCCUCCUCCUCGCCUUCUCCGGCUCCGUGUCCUCGCUGUACUUCCACAUCGGGGAGACCGAGAAGAAGUGCUUCAUCGAGGAGAUCCCCGACGAGACCAUGAUUAUCGGAAACUACCGCACCCAGCUGUACGACAAGCAGAAGGAGGAGUACCUGCCGGCCACCCAGGGCCUGGGGAUGUUCGUGGAGGUCAAGGACCCGGACGACAAGGUGAUCCUGUCCCGGCAGUACGGCUCCGAGGGCCGCUUCACCUUCACCUCCCACACACCCGGAGAGCACCAGAUCUGCCUGCACUCCAACUCCUCCAAGUUCUCCCUGUUCGCCGGGGGCAUGCUGAGGGUUCACCUGGACAUCCAGGUGGGCGAGCACACCAACAACUACGCCGAGAUCGCGGCCAAAGACAAGCUGACGGAGCUGCAGCUGCGGGUGAGGCAGCUGGUGGAGCAGGUGGACCAGAUCCAGAAGGAGCAGAACUACCAGCGGUACCGCGAGGAGCGCUUCCGUCAGACCAGCGAGAGCACCAACCAGCGGGUGCUGUGGUGGUCCAUCGUGCAGACCCUCAUCCUGGUGGCCAUCGGCAUCUGGCAGAUGAGGCACCUCAAGAGCUUCUUCGAGGCCAAGAAGCUGGUGUAACCGGAGGACUUUCGGUGUGCGUGUGUGUGUUUGUGCGCGAGUGUGUGUUUGUGCACGGAGGGUGUGCUCCGUACCGUACCUCCGUCUCGUGGACGUUCUCACAGGAUCCGUGGGCGACGGGCUCCUCACAAUUCACCGCUUCAGGGAACACGUCUCGCCUAUUUAUUACCCCCCCGCCCAACCCCACCCACCCGACAUGUUACUGCCCCGGUCAUCGCCGUGCCAGCUGAUCUGAGCUCUGGCAGGAGGUUUAGACGUAGUGAUCAGAAAUCCAGUGACGGCAAAACCUUUCUCUCACUGAAAACAGAAUCCUGUUCAGUUCUGCUUACAUUUCGAGAUGUUUUUUUUUAAAAAAAUCAGUCACAACUUAGCUUUUUAGGUAAAAAAUAUAUUUAUUUUCCUCAGAAUGAACCAGAUUGAACAGUUUUCAGGUCUUUAACUGAAUUUUCAACACAAAGGCUGAUAAUCAUUUGUGGCUGCAGAGGAACUUUUUAUAACAGUGUUUCAGCUCAUUUUACACUUAGUUUAUCUUGUUAAAUCCAAAACUAUGACGAGCGACCUGAAAUGUGUCUUCCUCUAAGCUGCACACAAACUCAUUUUCACUUCGGCAAUCCUUCAAACUGCUCCAGCCUGAAGUUGUUUCAUUUAAAAACUGGCGAAUUGACGAGAAAUGACUGAAAAGGGUUUUCUCUAUAUAAAGUUUUAAUUAAAAAAAAAAAUGUAUUGAAGACAGUUUUAUCCCCAUGUACAGAAGCUUAAAACGUAUGAUUAAGAAAAACUUUAGAAACUGAUUUUCUGACUAAAUGUGAAACAAAAAUAAUUGUGGCUCAAAUUUUCUUGAUGAACCUAAUUGAAAAAUAUUGAGAAUGAGAAACUAAAAAUAUUUUAAGUGUUUAUUUUUGUGAGUAAAUGUGAAAUGUAUUUUUAAAAUAACUCAAUUUUUCCCCCAUUAAAAAAAAAUGGAAAAAAAUAACUGAAAAGUUUUUUAAUGUUUGUGGAGAAAAGCGUGCGUGACUGAAUUUUGUCUUCAUUAACCAUAAAUUCUAUUAAAAUGAAAUUUACCUUCUCAGAACUUACCAAGCACAAAACUCUCCAUUCAGCAAAACUCAUUCAAUUUACUGUAAUACUCGUUUUGUCCCGUCGCACUCGGAAGGUAAAAAGUGAAGGUUUGUGUGCAGCAACAGGAUUAUUGGACCCUUUGAAGUCACUGGUUUUCAUGUAAAACCACCAAAAACUUUUUAAAAGAUGCAGUAUGUAACAUUUUGUGUGAAGCACAGCUUUUUUUCCCCCCCAGGAGAAAUCUUUUGGACGUUCAAACUAACCUUUCUGACCUGUAAUACCACUGUGCACCAGCAGGUGGAGCUGUGUCAUUGCAACGUUUUACUGAGAUUUCCCCAAAUCAGAUCGUGUUGCUGGUAGUUUUUCUGGGUGAAGUUCGAAUCAGAUGGUGACUGAUUUUAACCGGGAAAAGGGGCUUGAUUUGUUUUUGGGUUUUUUUUUUUUUAACAUUCAUGUGAAAUCUUCUAAAAUUGCACUUGAAAUAAAGUUUUUUUUUUUUGGUCACAUUUUGGUGUGAAGGACGGCGAGUGAGUUUCCAGCAGAACUCGGCUUCUAAAGUUUUUAUACGCUGUAAUUAAUGUUAUUACUUGGAGGGGAAUAGUGUGUUAAGUUACUAUGAAAGAAAUGUGACUGCAAAAUGUAAUAAAGUUUAAACAAACCUGA